AUGUUGAGCGUCUGGCAAGCGCCACUUCGCCUCCAAGUACCAACGACCCUGAUCCAGAGCGUGGGAAUCCGGAAGUCGAGUCCCGGAAGCUGCCUGGGGAUUUGCCCAGUGAUCAGUGACGUAGAGGAGACUAAAGUUUCCAUUGGAGGACGGAGUUCGGCAGGGGCCAAUCCCAGGGCUGGCCCGAGAGAAAUCUCGGCGGAGGGCUCCGGGGAGCCGGGAGAUUACGGGGCGGGGACGCGCUGUCGCGCUGGUUGCUCGUGGAGAAACGAGACCCGGAACAGACCGGCGCGGGAGAGCAGCGGCUCGGGCGAGCAGCGGCUCGGGCGCUGGGUUCGCGGCCCGGAGCUCGGGACUGGGCACCAUGGCCACAUCAGCCCCUUGCGGAGCCUGGAAGAGGAGGUGACCUGUUCCAUCUGCCUCGAUUACCUGCGGGACCCUGUGACCAUUGACUGUGGCCAUGUCUUCUGCCGAAGCUGCACCACUGAUGUCCGCCCCAUCUCAGGGAACCGCCCUGUCUGCCCACUGUGCAAGAAGCCUUUCAAGAAGGAGAACAUCCGGCCCGUAUGGCAGCUGGCCAGCCUGGUAGAGAACAUCGAACGCCUGAAGGUGGACAAGGGCAGGCAGCCAGGAGAGGUGGCCCAGGAACAGCAGGACAUGAAGCUGUGUGAGCGGCAUCAGGAGAAACUGCAUUACUACUGCGAGGAUGAUGGGAAGCUGCUGUGCGUGAUGUGCCGGGAGUCCCGGGAGCACCGGCCCCACACGGCCGUCCUUGUGGAGAAGGCUGCUCUGCCCCAGAGGGAAAAAAUCCUGAACCACCUGAGCACCCUAAGGAGAGACAGAGACAAAAUUCAGGGCUUUCAGGCAAAGGGAGAGGCUGAUAUCAUGGCUGCGCUGAAGAAGCUGCAGGAACAGAGGCAGUACAUCGUGGCAGAGUUUAAGCAGGGCCAUCAGUUCCUGAAGAAGCGGGAGCAGCAUCUGCUGGACCAGCUGGCCACCCUGGAGCAGCUGCUCACAGAGGGCAGGGAGAAGUUCAAGACCCGGGGCGUUGGGGAGCUCGCCCGGCUGGCUGUAGUCAUAUCUGAGCUGGAGGGCAAGGCACGGCAGCCGGCUGCAGAGCUCAUGCAGGACACUAGAGACAUCAUCAACAGGUAUCCACGGAAGAAGUUCUGGAUUGGGAAACCCAUCCCUCACAUGGUUAAAAGAAAGACUGGAGAAUUUUCAGAUAAACUCCUCUCUCUGCAGCGAGGCCUGAGGCAAUUCCAAGGAAAGCUGCUGAGAGACUUAGAAUAUAAGACAGUAAAUGUCACCCUGGACCCACAGUCAGCCAGUGGGUACCUGCAGCUGUCGGAGGACUGGAAGUGUGUGACCUACAGCAGCCUGUACCAGAGUACCUCCCUGCACCCCCAGCAGUUUGAUUGUGAGCCAGGGGUGCUAGGCAGCAAGGGCUUCACCUGGGGCAAGGUGUACUGGGUAGAGGUGGAGAGGGAAGGCUGGUCUGAGGAUGAAGAGGAGGGGGAGGAGGAGGAAGAGGGGGAAGAAGAGGAGGAGGAAGAGGAACCCGGCUAUGAAGAUGGAUACGACGAGUGGGAAACGGAUGAGGAUGAGGAAUCACUGGGGGAUGAAGAGGAAGAGGAGGAGGAAGAGGAGGAGGAAGUUCUGGAAAGCUGCAUGGUGGGGGUGGCCAGAGACUCUGUGAAGAGGAAGGGAGACCUCUCCCUGCGGCCAGAGGAUGGAGUGUGGGCACUGCGCCUCUCUUCCUCCGGUAUCUGGGCCAACACCAGCCCUGAGGCCCAGCUGUUCCCGGCGCUGCGGCCUCGGAGAGUGGGCAUCGCCCUGGAUUAUGAAGGGGGCACCGUGACUUUCACUAAUGCAGAGUCGCAGGAACUCAUUUACACCUUCACUGCCACCUUCACCCGGCGCCUGGUCCCUUUUCUGUGGCUCAAGUGGCCAGGAACACGUCUCCUUCUCAGACCUUGAGCCCCAACACCUGCCUGGGCCCCAUACUCACAGAAGCUUCACUUCUCUAGCUUCUGGAACUCUGUGACAGGGGAGGGAUGUCUGGCUAGAGCACCUGGAGCAGGGAAGAGGAGGAACCCUAUUUCUAUUGCCACCUGCUUCCCCAUGGCAGGUGGCCUAAGACCUCACUCAGUGCUGUUUGUAGUGCCCUAAUUGGGCUCUUUCCCCCCAUCUACUGACUUCCUGGGAGACCUUCUGUUCCUGAAGUCCACAAGGACUCCCUUCCUCCUUUGCCCCAGUUAUCUUUUUUGAAUAAGGGUUCAAGGCAGGAUUUUCUGUCCCAAUAUGGCAUCCUAUGCCACUGGUCUUAGGAAAGAGCAUUGAUUAUACCUGGGGCCAUUUUGUUGUCCUCACACGCUUAUAGAUUCCCUUUGCCCAAAUUUGCUCUGUUGCCCAUCUUCCCUGACAUUUUAAACAGACCUCCUACCCCCAACUCGAGUUAAACAUAUGUGAAAAUGCUGAAAAUCCACUGAAUGAAAAUCCGCUGAGGCCUCCCAGGCCAUUUAAGUUGGCCACCUGAAGUGCCAUGGGAAUUAUCUCCUGAUGAAGCACGGAGGGGACCCAGGUGGAACCAGGGCUGAGCAUGAGAGUUUUCCAUAGCUAAGGAGAUGGGACUCACUGGAGCCCUCUGGUCUUGGGGAAGGAUCUAGAUACAUGUGGCUCUGGAGUAACAGCAGCUAUCUAUAAAUUACCACUGCAGUUGAUGUUUGUGAAGGGAGUUUUUAAAAGAAUCCAGAACAUCUUGAUCUGUGCAUCUAAAAACACCAGAUCAAAACUUCUCCAAGAGAGCAAAACCUCCCUGGCUUUGGGAGCUCUGACAGUUCCUCCAGGAGGACAUUAGACUUCUGCCACUGCCCUCCUCAGUGGCCACACUCACUCUCCAGGAGAGGAAAUAGGAAGGGGAAGACAAGGCCUUGUGAGGAGAGGGAAGGUAGAGAAGUCCAUAACAAGCCAGCACUUCACUGUCAGGAGAGAUCAUGAAGUAUCUCCUCCUCACUGUGGAUCCAAUUCCAAGUCCCAACCCAGUUCAGUCACUUGUAGUGCCCACAGUUUUAACUCAAGCUUCCUGCUCCAAAGUGACAUCCCAGUUUUGCCCUUACCCACUGCAAGUACUCCACCAGUCCUCUGCUUAUCCAAGUGUUAACUCCUUCCCUCUCUCAGAGAGAAACUGUUCCUAACCACUCAUCUCAGUGGUCUCUUAGCACCACACUGCCCUGGAGCUGCCCACGUUGUGUAUAUCACAUGCUGCCUGAGUCCAUGUGCAUCUUAUUUCCCGCCUCUAGUUUUGUAAGCUCCUGGAGAAUGGAUGCCAUCUCUUAAUACUUGUGUUCUCCAUGGCACCUAGUGCAGUGCUGGGCGCAGAGUAGGUGCUCAAUAAAGACUUGUUCAAUGAAUGGCCUAGAGACUAUGUUUUUACUGCAAUUCUGAUGUCACCAGACUUCAGUCUAAGAGGUUCAUUCUAUUGAUGCCAGUAGCCCAGGGUUUUCCUUUUGUCUCUAAACUCUGGCAUUGCUUUCUAUCCUCUGUUUGCACACAUGCUGCCCUUUCUGGAAGU